AUGGCGCUGACACCGGCGGAGCCCAGGAACUCGUUCCUGCGCGAGGAUGAGCACAACACGAAGCCUGAGGAGUUUGAGGAGCCGCCGCCCGUCGUGGUGACGCCCGUCGGAGACAUGUGGCCGCGACCCUACUACCUCGAGAACGGCCUGCGCCGCGUCCAGCCCUACCACUAUACUUAUAACACCUACUGCAAGGAGCGAUGGCGCGGCCGCGAGCUUCUGGAUAUAUUUUCCAGCGAGUUCAGGGACCGGCCAGUUGAAUAUUAUAAAGAAGGCAUCGAAAACGGCGCCAUCGUGGUGAACGGCAAGCGGGCCUCGUCGAUCCACCACAUCGUCAAGAACGGCGACGUCAUCUCGCACACGAUGCACCGGCACGAGCCGCCCGUCACGGCGGUGCCCAUCGGCGUGGUGCACGAGGACGACGACAUCAUCGUCAUCAACAAGCCGGCCGGCGUGCCCGUCCACCCGGCCGGCCGCUACAACUACAACAGCGUCGUCGAGAUCCUGCGCGCCCAGCGCGGCUACUCGUUCAACCCCAGCCCCUGCAACCGCCUCGACCGCCUGACCAGCGGCGUCAUGUUCAUCGGCAAGAACCGCCGCGCCGCUGACGAGCUGAGCGUGCAGAUCAAGGCCCGCACCGUCAAGAAGGAGUACGUCGCCCGCGUCGUUGGCGAGUUCCCCGAGGGCGAGAUCGUCUGCGAGAAGCCCAUCCUGCAGAUCUCGCCCAAGCUGGGCCUCAACCGCGUGCGCGCCAACGGCAAGGAGGCCCGCACCGUCUUCCGCCGCCUGGCCUACUACCCGCCGCGCGAGGACGCGAACAAGUCAGCCGCCCAGCGGGAGCGGGAGGACGCGCAGCGCCGGCAGGCCGAGAAGGAGGGCAAGCCGUGGAAGUCGCUGCGCGGGUACAGCAUCGUGCGCUGCAUGCCGCUGACGGGCCGCACGCACCAGAUCCGCGUGCACCUGCAGUUCCUGGGCCACCCUAUCUCCAACGACCCCAUCUACGCCAACCAGCGCGUCUUCGGGCCCUCGCUGGCCCGCGACGACGACCGCUCCGACGACGACGACGACAUCAUGACGCGCCUCGGCAAGAUGGGCAAGGACGAGGUCGCCGAGGCCGUCGCCUACCACGACGAGAUGGUCGACGACUACAACAAGCGCAAGGCCGAGAAGCUCUCCGGCAAAGUCUGCGACGUCUGCAGCACCCCGCUCUACAGCGACCCCGGCGAGCACGAGCUCGGCAUCUACCUCCACGCCCGCCGCUACGCCUGCGAGGAGGGCCGCUGGAGCUACGAGACGGACCUGCCGCCCUGGGCCCUGCCGCCCGACGGCUACGAGGGCCCCACCGAGGCCACCGUCGAGUCGGACCCGCUGGCCGCCGACCUGGCCAAGCUGGGCCUGAAUGAGGACGGGACGGUGAGGGAGGAGAGGAAGAAGGCUGAGGAGCAGCAGGAGGAGAUAGAACAACCGGAGGAACAGCCCGCCGUUGCCGUUGCUGCAUAG